UCUUCGCGGGUAUCACGCUCUGUCGCUGUGGCUCACACGCAACUACGACCACUUCCUCUUCUUUGUCGAGCCUUCCUUCAUAAGCAAAGCCUCCCAUCUCCAUUCCCUUAAUCCUCCCUCUUCUCUCCCUAAUCUUCUUUCACUCUGCUCAACUAUCUCUCUCUCUCUCUCUCUCUCUCUCUCUUACAUAUGUACUCUAUCUUGGCCAUCUCUCUCUGUCAAACGUCUUUCAUGGGAUGGAUAGAGCAGUCCCGGAGCUCUCGUUUCCUCUGAGAUCAAUCACAACAACGGAAACCCGUACCACCUCUUGGCUGUCCUUUUUGUCCUGGUAGCUACUUCACCACCACCAACCCAAACCCCCUCCCCCCUCUCUCUCUCUAUCCACUUCUUCUUCAAGGACAUGAAGAGCUCCACCAGAAACCCGAACCCUAAUCCUGAUACUCCCAGGUUUGGCCCUUCCAAGCUCAUGGUGGCCUUCCGCUUCCUGAGAGCCCUCACCCUGGUGCACCGAACCGCACCCAACUCCUCCAACGCCGCCCGGAGUCGUAGAAUACAGCGCGCCGCCUUCGCGUCCAUGGCCUACUCCGCCGGCCCCCGGCGUGCUUGGAGCCGAGCCUUGCUUUGGAGGCUUCAUUUCCACCGGGCUCGACGCCUAUGUGCCGGACGAAGCAGAGCAGCUGGCGUUCCGAGGAGACCGAGCACGACCAGGAGCCCGGCGGAUGAGCUUCGACGGCUGGUGCCGGGAGGAACUGGGAUGGACUACUGCAGCUUGCUAGAGGAGACCGCGGACUACAUCAGGUGCCUUAGCGAGCAGGUAAAGCUCAUGCAAAGCGUCGUGGAUUCGGGCGGUCCUCGUGGUCGAUGAUCGCCGGAAAGUGGAGAUGGCCGAGUGUUUGAUGAAGAGGGGGAAGAAGACGUGAAUUUGCAGUACGUAAGCCUCCACAUGUGAAGACUGUACAUAAUUAUCAUGGACUUGUUGAGAUCAACUCGUAGACAAACUUGAACAUCUCUCUCUCUCUCUCUCUCUCUCUCUCUCUCUCUUGCUUAUGCAAGUAUAUAGCUUCAAGCGUCUUCUACAUCCUCCUCUCUUUGCAUGCAUGGAUUAAAAGUCUUGCAGAGCUUAGAACAAAGGAUAUGGGUGACAUCUAAUCUGUAUCUGCUUAAGGAUUAGAGUUACAUAUAUGGGAAUCAAUCUGUGGACUUUGCAGCC